GGGUCUCUGCCUCAGUGCGUAAAGUUAAGGACGGUGCUCCGGACGCACCGCGCAUGCAGCACUUAUUAUCCCUCAGGCUCCAUGUGCGUCACCUCUGCGGGAUACUUGACAAGGAUUUCUGAUAUUUUGAUAUUACUACCCGCGCGGGUCACUGGCGGAUGAAAACAUUAGCGUUUUGCUGAUGUGAAGGCGUUUUAUCCCUGAACACAUCAUCUGUCCCGGAGCGCAGAGGGGACAUGGGUCAACUUUAUGGUGCGACUCUUUUACCAUUUGGCGCUAUCUGUGUUGUUUUCCUGUGGGGAUCUGGGGCCAGCUCUAUCAGGACGACGCUUACAGUGGACACCUCGAGAGCGGAGUGUCCAGCUAGUAAGAUCUUGACCGUGGAGUAUCCCUGUGUCAGAGCUGGGGGGAAGAACAGAACUUGUUUCAGGAGGAAAUGCUGUGACGGAUUCAGGUUUGUGAUGGGCCAGUGCAUACCCGAAAGCGUGGAUGUGUGUGCAGCGUCGCCCUGCGAGCAGCAGUGUACUGAUAACUUUGGACGAGUUGUCUGCACAUGUUACCCCGGCUAUCGCUUCGACCGAGAGAGACACCGCAACCACAAAUCUCCUUACUGUCUGGACAUUGAUGAGUGUGAGCAUCCAGACAGCAGCAUAUGUGACCAUGAGUGUGUGAACACAGUGGGCAGCUUCCUGUGUCGCUGUCGCAGUGGCUACAUACUCGCACCGGACCAACGCUCCUGCAUCCCUGUACACAGCUUGAGUUCAUCUGGGAAGUCAGACACCCUGAUGAGUGCUGGCACCUGCUCGUUCACCUGUCAGGAUUUUAUGAACAUGAAAAACAGUCUGCUGCAGCUAAAACUGAGGCUGGGCAACACACAGUCACCCAACCAGGUACCUGGUCUGGCCAACAGCAGUGACAAGCCGUCUCUGGGGAGGGCAGGAAAAAGUCCUGAUAGCCCUUGUCUUCCUGGUUUACCCGGCCCUCCAGGAGCUCCUGGGGUCCCAGGACACCCAGGAGAGCCAGGAAAGAGAGGGGACCCAGGGGAAGGGGGCCCGCCUGGUCCUCGGGGGCCACGGGGAGACAUGGGACCCAUGGGUCCAGAGCCAGACCUGAAGCACAUGAAAAGAGGCCGCAGGGGGCCAGUGGGACCCCCUGGGGCAAACGGAAGAGAUGGACUAAAGGGUGACAGAGGAGCUCCAGGUCCCAGAGGUCCACCUGGACCACCAGGCUCCUUCGACUUCCUUCUGCUAAUGAUGGCUGACAUCCGCAAUGACAUAAUUGAACUGCAGGAGAAGGUGUUUGGGGAGCGGCGGGGCAUCUCUAUGGAAAGUCCUCCUCAUUCCAGCGGGGAAAUGGAUUUUGUAGAGUGGGGCUCUGGACAAGGAGAUCUCCUGCUCAGUACCUGACCUUUGACAUCCCACACACAGUAACAUUCUCUCAAACCCAGCAAAACAAACACCAAACUUAACUCUUUAUUUCUUUGUUGAUAAAGGAUGCUGGUGGUCAAAGUGCAUCAACGUGUAAAUAAUACCAAACCACACAGCUGGGAUGGACUGGGCAAGGAGCCUUGAUUGCAUUUUUGACACUGCCACAGACAGUAAAACGGAGAGAUAUACGGAUUAUAAAAAAACAGAAAUUGGACCACAGCCUCUCUUAACCACUGCAAGCACUGUCUGGCUGCUUUUCAUAUGCUGUGGUGUGAGUGAGGGGUGUGUGUGCAGGACAUAGAGGGAGAAUGAUGCAGUGCCUUUAUGUCUGAGUCUGAGCUGAACCACUUCAAACGAACUUUAUCGUCUACAUCUCUUCCUGUUCCUGAGUCUGCCCAUGGAAGCUCUGCUGUCACUGACUGUUUGCCUGCAGGGCGUUGGUACAAAGACCCAGGACCUGCACUGCGAGCCUGCCCUGCACCUGCCUGCAGUAUCAAGUCUGAGCUCUGCAGCUAUUCUCUACUCUGAGGCAUCUUCAGAAACUAAUUCAUGAGAUUCAUGGGUAUUACAAUCAUGUUGCCUACUGUUGGACAAAAACAGUCUGAUGUAUUUUUGAAAAUGUACAAUUAAACAACGUCAAGUGUGAUAAACAAAAACAUAUUUACCGCAAAAUGUGUUCAUAGAUAAUCUCAGAGAGAUGCUAAAUAUUUAAGACAUUCAAUCUUUUGACAAUACAUUACACAAUCUGGUGUAUGUUUAGAAAGAGAAAUAACAUGCAGUAUUACGUAAAUAUUGCCCUAAAAUUUGUAGACAAUCAAAUUGAAAGGAUAAAAUGGAUUUAUGCAUUUGGAAGAGUGCAGGGAGGCAGAGAAUCCUUUUUAAGUGACUUUUAACCCAUAUAUUAUCAGGCAAGUUGACUGUGAGCAUAUACUUACAGUAAUAAGAGAAAUGACCUAAAGGGAACGGUUUGAGGCGAAUGAGGGUUGCACAUAUUCUCGUACUUUCACUUGGUGGUUGACCAGAAACAAGAGACAUGAAGAAGGAAGGCUGCUUGAAAGUUGUUGUUGUUUUUUUUGUUUGUUUUUUUUCAAUUUCAAGCAGUUGCCAACAAGGGCUUACUGUUAUUACAAUGGGCAGCUCAAAUAGAUCAGCUGGGGCUCUAAUGUCUGGAUCAAGGCAACUUUAAUGUUGACCAAAGAGUGAGAGAUGCAUGUACCUUUUCCUGCCCAGAUAAUUUUAAACCACCCAGAGAGUCAAAGUAAUCAAAUCCAACAGUAAGCAGGGAAGACUUUUGUGUGGAAAGUGGAUAUAUAAUACUCCUCUCCUCACUCGUCUUCGUCUUGCAACCCACUUUGCACCAGUAGCACUGCUGGUGCUCGGUAAACCUUGGACAAAUAAAGUAAAAAAAACAACAAAUUUUUCUGACCACACUAUCUUCCUGCUACAAAAUAACCUUUUCAAUUGCACUGCUGCUAACUGAAGUAAACCCUCUCCACCAGCAGAGGGAGCUAAGUCCCAGGUUAUACCCCUGAAAGUUGGGCCUCACCACUCUAUCACUCUGAAUACCAACCAGGUGAGACAACCAAAGUCACAGUUUUCACAGCAUUACAUGUAUAAUUACCAUCCAAAAAUAUUCAUAGUUUCCCAAACACGCAAGUUAUGUAAAACAAAUAAAUCAUCCUUGAAUUCAUGUGUGAGGCGCAUGCCAUUAUCCUGUUCACAUGCCAUUGAACUGUAGCGUGGCUGAGUGUCAUUAUGAAAGGUGUAAGUAUCAGAGGUUAGAGGUCAAAUG